AAUAUUCAAAUACUGAAUGCUUUGAUUUGAAUCUACCUACUUCGUCUCUUGAGUGAUCUAGACUCUAGAGAGACAGACAAAAAUAGAGGUUGUUGGAUAGUUAGGUGGAAAAUGACAAAACAAGUGAUGGUUAUAGAGGAGAGUGGUGGUGGUGGUGGUAGUGGAAGGAGAAGAAAGAGGGGAAUGACUGAAAAGCAAAACCAGUUGUAUCCUCAAUCACCAGCUGUUUCAUUUCUUUGCUUAUCAUCAUCAGCAUCGAUUAUCAGGAGAUCGAUGAAGCCGUGUCGCCACUUCGGUCAGCAAAAUGGAGUAAUCUCGGCAUUUCAUCGGUUAAAGAUUGGAUGGCCAACUGAUAUCCGUCACAUUACGCACGUCACGUUUGAUCGUUUCAAUGGGUUCCUAGGACUUCCGGUUGAGUUUGAGGUAGAAGUUCCCAGCAGAGUCCCCAGUGCCAGUGCUAGAGUGUUGGGGGUCUCGGCCGAAUCAAUGCAGUGCUCUUAUGACUCCAAAGGGAAUAGUGUUCCUACAAUUCUCCUGCUAAUGCAGGAGAGGUUAUACUCACAAGGAGGUCUUAAGGCAGAAGGAAUCUUUCGGAUAAAUCCAGAGAACAGUCAGGAAGAACAUGUUAGGCAGCAGCUUAACAAGGGAAUUGUACCAGAUGAUAUAGAUGUGCACUGCUUGGCAGGUUUAAUAAAAGCCUGGUUUCGCGAACUUCCUACUGGAAUACUAGAUGACCUUUCUCCUGAACAAGUUCUUGAAUGCAACACUGAGGAGAAAUGUGUGGAGCUUGUUAAGCAGCUUGUACCGACAAAGUUGGCCCUGCUUAAUUGGGCCAUUGAUCUAAUGGUUGAUGUGGUUAAUGAAGAAGAAUUCAACAAAAUGAAUGCACGAAAUAUCGCAAUGGUCUUCGCCCCAAACAUGACACAGAUGUUGGAUCCACUGACUGCUCUAAUGCAUGCUGUUCAAGUGAUGAACUUGCUCAAGAUUCUGAUAAUGAAAAACCUUAGGGAAUGUGAUGCUACUGCAACCGACUGUAACUGCAAAUCUGUGUCAGACAUUGUUGGCCAAGAAAAAAUUGUGAAUGUAUAAACAUGACAAUUUGAGUAUAUGAAUGAAGGAGCUUUCUAGGCAAUUGAAUGAAGAGCAAGGAACAUGGGAGUUCGCACUAAGGAUCAACUACUCCAAGGAAGGAUGUGAAUGCAAAAACAGAUCCACAGAUAUGGUAUCUCCCCUUUGUUGUGUCUUGGGAAGCUGCAGUUUGCGUAUUUUCCAGAAAUGCUUCUUCAUAAGGUUCUGGUGUCAUUGUUGAGCCAUGAUUGUAUCUGUGGUUCAAAAUAAUCAGCAUGGAGCACGGGUUAGAUUUGAGAGUUGCGCUUCUUGGAUUAUGUAAUGUUUAGACUUGGCUAUUUUGCUUGCAAUUGUGUGCCAUUAUAAUAGACAGAAACCACUUUUUUCUGAA